GUUAGCUGAUGAAUUGCAUAUGCCAUCCCUCCCUGAAAUGAUGUUUGGAGACAACGUUCUAAGGAUCCAGCAUGGCUCUGGCUUUGGAAUUGAGUUCAAUGCUACUGAUGCACUAAGAUGUGUAAACAACUACCAAGGGAUGCUUAAGGUAGCUUGUGCUGAAGAGUGGCAGGAAAGUAGGACGGAGGGUGAACACUCCAAAGAAGUUCUUAAACCAUAUGAUUGGACCUAUACAACAGAUUAUAAAGGAACGUUACUUGGAGAAUCUCUUAAGUUAAAGGUUGUACCUACAACAGAUCAUAUAGAUACAGAGAAAUUGAAAGCCAGAGAACAGAUUAAAUUUUUUGAAGAAGUUCUCCUGUUUGAAGAUGAAUUACAUGAUCAUGGAGUUUCCAGCCUGAGUGUGAAAAUUAGAGUAAUGCCUUCCAGCUUUUUUCUGCUAUUGCGGUUUUUCUUGAGAAUCGAUGGUGUGCUUAUCAGAAUGAAUGACACAAGGCUUUACCAUGAGGCUGACAAGACCUACAUGUUGCGAGAAUAUACAUCACGAGAGAGCAAAAUUGCUAAUUUAAUGCACGUUCCACCUUCCCUCUUCACGGAACCUAAUGAAAUCUCUCAAUAUUUACCAAUCAAGGAGGCAGUUUGUGAGAAGCUAGUAUUUCCAGAAAGAGUUGAUUCUAGCCCUGCGGACUCACAAAGCACACCCUCGGAAUAGAAUGUGGUACAGCCUACUCUCCGUGUAGAGCCUGCCUGGACAUCUUGGCUGUUUGUAGGGAUAUUUUUAUUAUGAGAAUUAAUUUCCUUGCUUAUGCUCAGAUUUUCUGUGGCCUUAAAGGAAAAUAAAAGAGUGUUACAGGCAGGUUCCACUUAACUCCCAUUUAUAUUGUCUGUCUUCAAGUUCCUACUGGAGUUGUAUGCUCUGGAGCAAAAUUUGGAUUCCUAAAUGAUCCCAAAUUGUGACCUCAGCAGCAGUGAUGUGUAUGUGUCUCAGGAGGGGGGACAUGAUCUGCAUCCAUCAUGAAGCAUCGUCUUCUACUGUGAAGAGGCUAAAUUGUAAAUUCCAUCACUGAGUCCCGAUGCCUUGUGACGUCCAUAGGAUUCUGACUGCAUGUUGAUGUACUGUACUGGCUGGGCUUGGGGCUGGCUUUCUGGUGUUUAUUCGCACUUCUGAAGAGUUGUGACCUGUCACCUAGGAAAUUAAUCUUGUAUUAUUCAUUAGUUCCAGUUUCUGGGCAACAUGAUUGUGUGUGUUUGUACACACAUGUAUUUUUAAAACUUUUCAUUUAAAUGUCUUUGUCUCUGAGUAGUGUUAGAUUACUUAUUUUGAUAAUUCAUUGUUAAAAAUUGUGGAGAAUUAAAAGAAUUUACCUUUUUUUAAAAAAAAAACAAAAAGAAGUGGGUGGGGGGAAGGAUGAGUGUGCUUCUGAGGAUCUUAUUAGUGUGUUCCGGUGAGGAAUGCCAAGGGAAUGUGUUGGCCAUUUCUAAAUAUGACAUGUACCAUUUUAUAUUUAUUUGUCCAUUGUCUUUUGUAAGAGGAGAAUAAAUAAUAAGGAAUUACAGAUCCA